AUGGUUGUGCAGAAGGGGCGGUUGGGGGUUGUUAGGUUGUUGUUGGAGUUUGGGGCUGAUGUACGGUCGAAAGAUAAAAACGGGAGAACGGCGCUUUGGCUUGUUAAGGAGAGUAAGUAUCGGAGUCGGGAUAUUGAGGUCUUGGUAGAAACAAUGGGGUCGAACUCGUAA